CACCCUUCGAACUCCCCCUCUUACAUAUUCUUAGUGCAAGUUCUCUCUCUCUCUCUCUGUUUUGUACAAUGGAAAAUGCUGCUAAAGUUCAGCAUGUGAGUAAAGCAUCUUCAGAUGAACUGCUGAGAAAAUUUGCCGAAGUGGGUUCUGAGUCUGAUGGAAAGGGUUUGGCUAAGAAAGAGUUACGAUUGUCGAAACGUCGGAAAAGGACCGGAACAACAAAUGAAGGUGAUCAUUGCGAGAGUCCAUCAAAUGGUAGUACCACCUUGGUGGAGAGGAAGUCACUUCUCCCUCCGGCAACUCGGAGGAGAUCGGUGGCAAUAAUUCGGCGCCUUGGGAUUGGCAGCUUCAAGCUCAGAGCAAGAGAUCUACAGAACAAGUCCAUUAUGCGAACGAUUGAGAAGACAUGGCGUAAAACCAUGGAAGGAGCUUCAAGGGUCUUACUGGAAAAGCAUUACAAUCGGCACAAACGCUUGAUAAAUGACAUUGCUUAGGCCAAGUUUAUCACUCAAAGGGGAAAAGGCUAGGCCCCUUGGCAUUAGCAUCUCACAGACUCAAACAAUUCAUUUAUGUGUUUGUUUGUUUGUUAUCUACAUCGAAAUAAUAAUAAUAAUAAUGUGUUGUUAGUUGUUAUAAAAUCUAUUCCUGACCCCUAAAGUUUACUUUAUUGGAG